AUGACUUUGCUCAUCUUCGUAUUGGGCCUGCUCCUCGGUGGCAUUUCUUGCCUCGAGGGUAUGACGUUCAGUCCUUGUAGUGAUGACUACCCCUCUCAGGUCCAAUACCUCGGCCCAUGGGAAGAAACGCCGUCGCAUGCCCCCACCCCUGGUUAUUACGGUCGUGAACGCUCGCCAUCCGUGUUUAGCAUUUCAUCGGACCAUGUACUUGAGGGGCGUUCUUCCCCCUCAUACCAACAUCCAUCCAAUCAACUAGGUUUCCAAGAUGAUGAACCAGGAAACGGAAGAACAAACGACCGACGAUCUUCAGGCUGCCUUGUCUACGUAAUCGAAUGGAAGGUGACUCUGAAUAACCGCCUAUUGAAGAGAGAUACGGAGCAGGACUUAGUUCUGAAGCCCCACACAUACUGGGGAAAGAUAAAGGAAGAUGCUGAAAAGGCUGUCCGCCGGAAAAUCAAACGCCACCAGCGAUUCAGGCCAGACGAUACUGAGAUCAUCGUAUCUGUGAAUGACCGCAGUCAAAAUGAUCUGAUUAAAACCUUCGACAACACUAACAUUGAUUGGACAGUCAUAGAAAAGCAGCUCCUAAUGUGGGGUAGACUUUCACGUGUACCUGGUAAAAGGGUGCGCCUUCGUAUCUCCAUUAACUAUAUUGUAGACAGUGAUGAUUAUCCAUCGAGAAACUUCGAAAAAAGAGGCCCAACAUCGGUGACGAAAGGAAUGCUUACUGAGAGAGACGCUCGAAUUGACGCAGAGGACGUGUCAGGGCAACACACAGUCUGGAGGGAUGUGUACAAGAAAAUGCGUUGUCCAGGCCCACCCUGUCGCCAUGAUGGCCAGUAUUGCUGGCAAGACCCUUUGGGAAAAAAGCAUUACAAAUUGAAAACCCAUCAUCUGAGGAGUCUGGUCAAGUUCGUCGAGAAUGGUGGCGAAUUAGAGACACACGAAGACGUUCCAGACGAUAUUCGUCAGCAGUUGUACGGCGAGGAGGAACAACGCCUUGAGAAACAGAAGAAAGGGGGCCAGAACGCACAGGGUGGGACAAUGUGGCCGCCAAUCAAUAUUAAUGUCCUCCCGUCACAGUCAUCUCAUCCCUCGCAGAUGUACAGUAACGCGUCUCCGAGUGUCACUUGUGGGCCUAUUGAUAUACCGGGCCCGCUUGACACAGCGAUCGAUGAGUACACGGCUUGGCAAAAAUCCCGUGUGAGUCGUGAUUCUUUCAAGGAGCAGAUGGACAUAGCCCGCAAUGUGGCAUUGGAGAACUGUCUGGAUCUGAGACAGAUCCAUAAGGAUCAGGACUCAGGGUUUUUCGUCAGCCAAGGCGUGAAAGUUGGUGCUGCUCGCCGAUUUGUUAGUGAGAUCAGAAGCUGGCUUGAAGAACGUGGGAAUAGAAGAGACUCUGAAGAUAGCCUGGACUAA